UAGUGAUUGUCAUCACUUGUGUCCAUCACUCUCGCCAUGAAAGACGUGUCCAUUGAUUACGAUUCCGAGGAUCCGAUGGACGCGAGCGACGACGAGUCGAGCAGCUGUUCGACGGAGGCUUUGGUCACAUCGACCACUAGUUUGGGCUCUUUGGCCGCCAUUACUCCCAUCGGUGUCCUCAAGAAGUGCGUGAAUAGAGGCAAAUGGACUAAAGAGGAAGACGACAGGCUUAAGACAUAUGUGGAGACGUAUGGAGAGCACGACUGGCAGACCAUUGCCCACCACUUCAACGACAGGUCCGACAUUCAAUGUCAGCAGCGAUGGGACAAAGUGGUGAACCCGCGGCUCAUCAAAGGUCCCUGGACUAGACAGGAGGACGAAAAAGUGGUGGAAUUGGUGGACAAAUACGGGCCCAAGAAGUGGACACUAAUCGCCAAGCAAUUGGAGGGACGUAUAGGCAAACAGUGUCGGGAGCGGUGGCACAACCACUUGAACCCCGAGAUCAUAAAGACUGCGUGGACUGACUCGGAGGAGAUGGCGAUCAUUAAGGCUCACCAGCAAUGGGGCAAUCAAUGGGCGAAGAUUGCGAAGCUGUUGCCCGGGAGGACCGACAACGCCAUCAAAAACCACUGGAAUUCGACGCUUAAGAGGAAGUCCGAGGCCAUCAUCAGGGGUUCGCCUACUGUUCCCCUCAAACGAAGGAAUUGCAAACGCAAUCGAAAUGUUCACAAAACCGAUGAGAAUUCAUAUCAGAUGCCUUCGAGCGCUUCGUUUGUUCGCCAAUUCGAGACUUUCUGCGAUACGGUGUCGAGUGCCCAGCGCUCGCUCAUUGACGCCCAGCCCUACCCCUCGUCGUCGAGAGGGUCCCAACCGGUCACUACUUAUACGGCCGCGGAGUACGACGAGAGCGAUGACGGCCUCAACGACUUGAGUGAUCUGUUGUCGCCUCUGAACGCCGAUGUGAUUGAACGCGAGUUAACCGAAUUGGCGUCGAGUGCCGGCUCGGCCUUCAACGACCUCACGGUCUCUGAACUCGUGUCCGCUAUCGACGGACCGCUGCUGAGCUCACCGCUGAAGGAUUGUUACCCCAACCCAGACAUGAAUCCAAAUGCCUCUCCGCUUUCAUCGCUGUUUCAUCCGUCGAUUCUGAAGAGGAGGCAAACGAUGGUUGACUACCAGACGCCCCCUUCCAUGAAGAAGAAGAACCCCUUCAACGAGAGUCAGUUCGCGGCGGCCGUCACCUCCACUCCCUUUAUGGCACAACACCAGUCGCCAGACUUCAAGUGUCUGCCAUUCAGUCCAACACAGUUUCUGAACGCACCCAACGGUUCCGUCACUUCGACGCCCGUCAACAACAACAGCAACAGUCCCUCCAAAUGUUUGUCUUCGACGUGGAGUUCUGGAGGAGAUAUUGCUGUUCCAGGACUGACGGCACCACAAACCCCUGUGAGGUCUACGCAACCCAUUGACACCACCUUUGAUUUACUCGAAACACCGAGUAAGUCUUUAGUGGACGAGUCGUCGUCACUACUGCUGUUCAGUCCGCCGGCAAUACUCCGAGACUCGAUGGGAUCCGAUGGCAUGUGUUAUAAUAGCUCUGCAAACAGUUUGCAAACUUCUUGUCACACGAAUAGCACCAGUAUUUACAGCAGUAAUGAAAGUCACGACGACAGCGGCUCAGCACUGGGUGUUCACCCGCUAUCGUUCCCAUUGAACAGAGCGUCCGAAUCUAUGUCCCAAAGAAAAGUGAGAUUAACGAGAGGCACGCGCGCACUGGCGUACCGAUCGCUAACGUCUUCAUCAGACCCUACGUCAAAGCCGGCCUCCCAUACGAGCAAAGCGCAGGCACUUCAGCAGCACUGGCAGUCAGUGGCGUGCGGCCGAACCCAACACCAAAUCGAGCUCACAGAACAGGCCCGCAUUUGGGUCCAGUCCAGCACCGACACCUCCACCACCACUAUAGCCAACCGGCUCUACAAGCGCCACAACCUCCUCCACCACCCCAUCCGCCACAUCUCAUACCCGUCCACUUUAAUCCAAUAGAAGGCAUUUAUCACUAUAGUUACAACUGAUGCCCCAAAUUGUUUGGUUUAUCACUUGUCUA